UCAGUACCUGUCCUGACCACAGAGUCGCUAGAAGUCUCUGGCCUGGCUAGUCGCUUGCUUACAUCGUCACUAAGAACAGAUCGUGGCUAAAUCUGACUCAGCUUGACUCUGCUUAUCUUGAGUCUCGAUCAAGGCAGGAUGGCGUCUUUCCAGCUGGCUUUAGCCCUAGUGAUCUUGAGUUUCUGGUGUGCGACCGCAAGUCCCACCCCAGACGGAACGCUACCCCCUUUCUCCACUCAAGCAAUGUGGCCUCUGAUGCAAAAAAACUCCAAGGCUUUGGUGGACCAAAACAAUGUUGACAGACAAGCCGGGGCCGUUCCGACUGGCUGUUACACUCUCCGCACAGGCCAGACCGUCACCAUCCAGUCACCGAACUACCCAAGCUCCUAUCCGCCAAACAACAACGGCAUGUGGAGCUUCACGGCUGCAGAUUCCACCUCACGCAUAUCGAUGACCUGCUCCGAUUUUAGAUUGUAUUCCUACACUUAUUCGUACAUGAUAAUCACUGGACAAGGCCUCAGAAGAGGAGCACAGCCAUCAAGUGUCAUUGUCGUGAUUGGAGAGCACAACUGGGGCACAACAACGGAAACAAACGUAACACAGAGGAGAUCAGUAUCACAAAUCACCAUAAACACAGGUUACAACACUACUACUAAGGACAACGACAUUGCAUUGAUCAAGCUCACAAGUCCAAUUGCUUUCCCAGCCGACAACAAGAUCGCUCCUUUGUGUCUUCCAGAUGCUGGCAAUUUGUAUGAAAAUGUAGCUGCUACUCUUACAGGCUGGGGACUCACCUCUUCAGGUGGUAACCAACCUGCUAACCUGUAUGAGGUGGAUUUGCAAACAAUAACCAACGAAGAAUGCAAAAUGUAUUUUACGCCUCCCAUCACAGCUAACACGCUCUGUGCUGGACUGGUUAAUGGAGGAAAAGGAGGUUGUCGUGGUGACUCAGGAAGAGCACUAGUGACAUAUGGCAAUACGGCCCAGACGUACAUGAUCCAGAUAGGAGUAGAUGUCUUUUCAUCUGAAGCCUGUAACUAUCCUACCGGGACUGCCCGAGUUACUGCAUUUCUACCCUGGAUUGCCACGAACACAGCAGGUUCUACAUACCUCCCAAGGCCAUGAAAAUUACUAUAUCUACCUAUAGGCUACUGGCUAAGUGGAGCAAUCAAAGCUGACGUCAUUGGAAUUUCUCUUCAUGAUUGGAUAUUAUCACUUAUUUGCAUUUGGAAUUUGCUAUGGCAUAAAAUAAAUCUUUUAAAUUAUUGAAGCAUAAUAAAAAUUUGGUCUUCCAAACACAUUAUUCAUUU